UGACCAAUGAGCGCUGCGAAUGAUAUUUAAAAACCCAAGCGGCCAGUUAUUCAUCUCAGCACGCUGUAGUGUUUACAAUUCGCGUCAUCUGUCGUGUGGAAUCUGAACCAAGAUGGGAAAAGGCAAAAAGUCCGCUUCCGCUAAACGAAGACCUGGAGACGGAAGGAUACAGGAGAAGGAGAACAAGCCCACGGCAGGCGAAGGGCAGCUAACAAUACAAAGUUGUCUGAAUCUCAGCAAGCCGCUCCGGAAUAAACACACAGAGGAGAACGCUGCAGCGCGCCGAUCACCAGAAGACACGAGCGAACCGAGCCCUAUCUGUGGAGCUAGUGAGCAGACUACUGCUGUGCCCCACAAAGGGGCCGGGACAAGCACGCAAAGGAUAAAUGGUGAAAAGUCAACUGAUAGGAAAUUGAAAGAGAAACAGUCUGAAACCAAUCGAAAGGUCACAGAUUAUUUUCCUGUUAGACGAAGUUGCAGGAAAAGCAAAGCGGAGUUAAAGUGUGAAAAGCAGCGGCACAUUGACGAUCUCCUCAGAAACAAUGUUGAAGAGGGGCUCAAGGUGAAAAGUAUUGAAGGAAAAGGAAGAGGUGUUUUUGCAGACCGAGCUUUUCAGAAAGACCAGUUUGUAGUGGAGUAUCAUGGGGAUUUGUUGGAGAUCGCAGAUGCAAAGGCAAGAGAAGCUCAGUAUGCUCAAGACCCAGCCACUGGCUGCUACAUGUACUAUUUCCGCCACCAUGACAAAACCUACUGUGUGGAUGCUACCAAAGAGAGCGACCGUCUGGGCCGGCUGAUCAACCACAGUAAGAAUGGCAACCUUCGGACCAAACUGCACGAGAUCGGUGGCACCCCUCACCUCAUCUUCCUGGCUUCCAGAGACGUCAGAGCAGACGAGGAGCUGCUGUAUGAUUACGGUGACCGCAGUAAAGAAGCCGUCGCUGCUCAUCCUUGGCUAAAGCACUAAUUCGCUCGGUUCAGUAGUUUUCUGCUGAGAGACUCUAAAGGGAAGUGGUAUAAUAUAAACAUACAAUGAGUCGAGUCCACUAUUGCAGCUGGUACCAUAAAAUGAAUUGUCUUUUGAAAGACCCACAGUAGCUGGAAUUGUUUUAAAGUGUGUUUCUUGGGUUGAGGCUGAAUGAUAUGAGCAAAUUGUUUAAAUCAUUGUAAACUGUUCAUUUAAUGAAAAUGUACGCACCCUCACGUCAUUCUGAACUUUUAGGACCCUGUUCCUCUGAAGAAAAGAGAUUUUGUAUGUUUCAGCUGUUUUUGUUCAAUCAGGGGAAAGGAGAACUAUCUUGCACUAGAAAGAUAAAGUAUAAGUGUCUGUAGUAACACGAGGGUGAGCAAGUGACAAGUUUCUUUAUUUGGUCGAACUAAACACGCCCUUAUUAAAAUGAAUAUGAACAUCAGCCUCUGAUUUUAAGAAUAAGAUAUUCAAAUGGAAGUUGUUACUGUACAUUUGUAUAUGCAAAAAUAAGUGUUUAAAGCAAUUAUACCACAUUUUUAUGAAA